AUGAAGAAUCUGAAGUUAUCUCGGGCUGGUGAUUUCGAAUCUUUAAAACGUGUUGUUAGUGAUUAUAUAAAAUUUGACGGGAAAUGGACUUCGCCCGGAGGAGAGAAGAAAGUUUGCAGUAAUCCAGAUACAUCUAUCACCUGGUGGAAAAAUAAAAAGUUCCUUCUGGUUGAAGGUAAUCAAGCUAAAAGGAUAAUUGAACUAUUUAUUGUAAUUUUAACGAAUAUCGCUUCGUUUCGCCCCUCAGAUCGGCCGGGUAAUAUAAACAUAGAUCUCCCGAAUUCAGAUAAAAUUAAUCUUGUUAGUUCCUGUUCGUGCAAAUGUAACAAUUUGACUGUUGAUAUCGAAGGAAUAAAACUAGAUAACGUGGUUCUUGAGUCGAGGAUGGAACAUAAAACCAACACUAACACUGAAAUUAUCAAUAAUGUACAACAAGAGUUGCUUAAGUUGCAGAGUAAAUGUGACAUGUUAGCAGAUCGAGGGGGAAAUAUAGAGAGCUCAAACGAUGAGCGAGACAGUGAUACUAUCGCUAGUUUGGAACGCCAAAAUAAAUUUCUUGUUGAGGAGGUGAAAACCUUAAAUUUUAAGUUGGAAAAUCUCGAGAAGAAGGCAAAAGCUGAGAACGCAAAAGCUGAGAACGCAAUUAAUAUUCAUGCUAAUGAUAUUUCCUCUCCUAAAACCACCCAUGUGAAUAAUGAAAUGCAUGUUAUGAGUAUAAGUAACCUUAUUGUUGAUGACUCUGAAGAAAUUAGCAUUGUUUCUAGCGUUAAUGACCCGUACCACACUAAUGUUGGUCACAAUACGUGUAAUGGAAAUCAACCGAGUGGCUCUUUACCUAAGGAACCUUGUUAUCCCCAUGAGUCUAAUCAACAACAAAGUAUUCCAGUUCGUAUUACCUCAAUUAGGAAAUCAAAACAAACCCGUAAAAAAGUUAACUUGAGACAAACAGAGCUCAACCGUUCAAAUACGGUUUAUAGCGUGGAAAGUUGUGUAUCUACACAGGGGAGUAAACAAUCAAGAUCAUCCGACAAAAACAAAAGUCAUAACAAUCACAGAAAAACCAACAAUGAGGGUUUUUGUACGGGUCUCUCGAUGAGAGACAAAAUAGGAUGGUUCAACUUUUAUUACUGA